AUGGCUGGCUUCGAGAACAAGUUGGGUUCUUAUACUUUAACACAGUUAAACGAACUGCUCGAGGAUGACGAUAAACUCAACAAAUUCAUCGACGAGUCAGAGGAGAUUAAAGGGCUACAGCAAAACAAGGAGACGACUCUAGCUAAUAACCGUUUCCUGGCUGAACAGAACCUUUUACUCCAACCCAAACUUGACCACCAAAAGAACGAACUCACCAGACGCUACCGGGGCCUGCAAGAGCUGUAUGAGGCUUAUCAGCUGCGCAAGUCCACUCUAGAUGACAGAUUAGGAAAUACACCGUUGGACACAUUGCUUGCACUCCUACAAGCAGAAGGGGCCAAAAUUGAGGAAGAAACUGAGAACUUGGCUGAUGCGUUCCUCGAUGGAGCAGCCCCUCUGGACACAUUCAUCGAUGACUAUCAGAGCAAGAGGAAGCUGGCGCACCUGCGGCGAGUCAAGAUUGAGAAGCUCCAAGAAAUGGUGCUAAAGGGACACCACAUGCCCCCGGCUGCACCUCCACCCUCUCGUGCUCAGGACCUUCCAUCCAGGCCAGCAGCUCUCAACAGAGAGGUCAAUGGUUCCCCCAUGCCAAUGCCCCGCCGGGCUCCUCCUCUUCCCCCCGUUAAAGAAUCUCCACAGCCAGCCCCCACCACCGCCAUCUCCUACCCUCCUACCUCUCCAUUCCCUUCUCCUUCUAUGAUCCCUCCUACCUCUCCAUAUCCCCCAGUUCCCCCAAGAGUAGGAAACACACCACUCGUCUUAAACCAGGGUUAUCCCAGCAUGUACAUGCAGCAACAAUACGCCCCACCUCUGCCCCAGAGACCUCCUCCACGCAUGGUACCGCAGCCAGGCUUCAUCAUACAGUGAGCGCGGAACAUUACAGCCUGUGGAUGACAAGAAAUGCACACUGGACGUUCAUUAAAAGCCUCUUAUAGUCCUUCAAGCUGCAUGUUAUCAAAUGAUGUGCGCAAGUCAAAAUUAAACAAGACUUUUCUACAAUCACAGGGGUUGGGGGGAAUCAGCAACAGGAUCUUCAGUUUGCACUUUAGACAACUUUCGUAUUUGAUCAGUCAUGAUCAGAGUCAUGCCGUUCCUGUUUCGCCCUCUACAGUAGCAUUAGAUCAAGUCUUUUUUUUUUUUACAUGAGCCUCAGGGGCUUCCAUACAUAAUGAAGAUUUCAAGAGCAGGGGUUAUGUCAGGCCACAUAG